UAACAAAAAAAAACAAAAAAAAAAAGAGACAACUCUUUUUUUCGUCACAAUUAUAAUAAAAUUAUCAGUUAUGGAAAGUACAGCAGCAUCAAUUUUAACACGAGCUGUUGCAAAAGAUAAGCAAGAACAUUACACUGAAGCAUUGAUACUUUAUCAAGAAGGACUACAAAUAUUAUUCAACUCAAUAUCAGAAACAAAAGAUGUAAAUAAAAAGAAAUACUUUCGUGAAAAAGCUGAGGAGUAUAUGAAAAGAGCAGAGGGUAUUAAAAAAUUAAUACAUGAAAAAAAAUCACUUGGACAGUACAGGGAACAAAUGAGAAUUGAAGCUGGAAGUAUAGGACAUGGAUAUGCUAGUUUAUUUGGAAGAUUUCUUGAUGAUAGAGUAACUCAUAUUCAUAUUGAAGAUCCAUACAUUAGAGCUUAUCAUCAGUGUUUAAAUUUAGUAAGACUUUGCGAAUUAGGAGUACAAAAAUGUCCAACAUUAUCAAGAGUAUCAUUGCUAACAACAAAAGAUCCAGAUGAUUAUAAAAAUCAAGAAAAUAGACUAGAUGAAUUAAAAAAAAGUCUUGCAAUUAAGUUAAUUAAAUUUGAUGUAACAUACUCUGGAACUCUUCAUGAUAGAAAAAUAGUACUUAGUAAUGGAUGGGUUGUUAAAAUUGGAAGAGGUUUAGAUUAUUUUAAAGCACCAGAAGGAAAAUUUGUACUUGGUGUAUGUGAUCUUGAGCUUCGUGUUUGUCUUGAAACAACUGUUGAUAUAUUUCAUACAAGUCAUAUUCGUGAAAUACCAUAAAUUAUUUAUAUAAUAUUUAUUUUAUUUUUAUUUUUAAAAAAUUUUUUCUCCUGCAAUUUUAAAUGGCACUAAAUCAAUUUCAUACACAGUAUUUUGAAAUAACACAUAAAUUGAUAAAAAUUAUUUUUAAAAGUAUUUACAAAUUUUUAAAAUUUAUGACAAUAUAAAGAAAUAUUAUUUUUAUAAAAAAUAUAUAUAUAAUUAUAAUAAAAUUUUAUCAUUGACCAUAUGAAUAGUCCAAUGCUUUAGCAGCAUCAAUAUGUUUAGCUGCUUUAAUACAAGCUAAUCUUAAACUUUUUGUAUAUUUAAGUAGUCCAAUUUUAUCAUCAUCAUCAUCAUCAUUAUAAUAUGGUUUAUUUAAAUUUGGAAGACAAUCAGCACCACCAACAGCAACAACUUGUUUUGCAAUUGAUGGAUCAACACAUAAUCUUGUUAAUGCUGUUGCUGCUGUUAUUGAUAAUCUUUCAUAUGCAUCUUCAAAACCAGGUGGUGCUAGUCUUAAAAAAAAUACUAAUGCAACAGAUGCUCUUG